AGUUGAUGUUUGACACGGCACCGCCCGUCGCUCUAGGCUGGCGCUCACCAGUGUCUCUCGCGAUAUCAGCCGUCCAGCUAUUAAUAUGACAAUCGGUUGUCUCCCCGCCCUUGACACUGAGAUAAGGCCGCCGCCGAGUAUGGAUUACGGAUAUUGCGUUCUGUUCUGUUUCCGACGUACCUGUACCUGGUUACCCGUUGUUUUGUCGUUUUGAGUUUGUCUUUCUUGUGUUCUGAGACGAUACCUCGAGACCGAUACCUAGAGUAAGCUGUGUAGUAUACUAUAUCUACAUAUAUACAUUUUGGGUUGUGUAAGAAAUAUAUCCGUUACGGCUAGGGAAGUCGACUGAGUAAAUAUAUAUAUUUACAUACCGAACUGUUCGUAUUGCUACGAUCGUUUUUCCUUUACGCUAUUCUUACUGUUAUCGUUGUAAAACUAUAAGUUAUUAACACAUAUUAACGAGAUAACCUGUGCGAUCGCAUUAUUGGAUACGCGUUAACUGGCUCCCCGAAGAGGAAUAUAAACCGGCCGAGUGAAGUUAAGCCACUCAAAUUUCAAUAAUAUUGAUAUGAAUGAAGUAUUCCCAAUUAAUACUCGGGAAGAUCUUAAAACAUUUGAAUUCAAGCUCAAGAUAAAUGAAAAUGACUUCAAAUGCAUACUUCCGACGAUUUCAUUACUUGACCACGUUCCAGGGCAACGCGAUUACCGAUUGUAUAAACGCCGUAUUCGUAGACUUGUUUAUUUCACAGUGUUGCACCAAACCGAGAGAGUACAGAGUCACCGAGUGGCCUAUGAAAUAUACGCCCUGAGACUUGGUCGUUCGUCUUCGACUACGAGUGUUCCGCCAUCGUGGAGUUCUGCCUGGCGUCCAGAGACUUUCAACACUACUUUUCUUUUUGGUCCGAGGGAAGACAUUUCAAAAAAUACGGACCGGUGUUUAUCAUGGACCACAUAUUUCAUGAUCACUACGCCAACAAAAAAACAUGGCUGUUCCGAAUCAACAAAAAAGUUACUUAAUCGUUAUUAAUAGAUGCAUAGACGUUGCUGGAUUGUGAUUAACUCAUCGAGUUUUCCGAAAUGA